UCCCUUCUCCAGUAUGUGGAGUCAGCAAAACCUGGGGUGCCAUCAGCCCCCACCCCCAGGAAACAGGCUGGUAGUCUUCUGUGCCUGCUACCCACAGAAGACAGGCCUCAUCUUCUGGGGCAGCCAGGUAUGUGCUUGCAAGGGCGAGCUGACUUUCUGGUUCUGUGCAGACGUGCCUGGAAGUUCUUCCUGUAGUCUAACCUUAACCCCUCCAGCUGCCUUAUCUACCACUAGAAGCCAGUCUUGAUAGCCCUGGAAGGAAAGGGACAGGCUGUGUUUUUGUUUUGUUUUUCCUAAUGUAUCCUAAGUACUUAUCCACAUGCAAAGCACUGUUUAAGAACAUGCCAUCUGUCAACUCAUUUAAUCCCUAUAGCAAUUGUAUGAGGUAGGUAUUAUUACAGUCAUCCCUUGGUAUCCAUAGGAGAUUGGUUCCAAGACCCACCCCACUUCCCAAACCAAAAUCCAAGGUUGCUCAAGUUCCUUAUAGUAAAUGGCGUAGGGAAUUCCCCGGCGGUCAGUGAUUAGGACUCCAGGCCUUCACUGCUGUGGGCCAGGGUUCAAUCUCUAUAGUCAGGGAACUAAUUAAGAUCCAAGAAGCCAUACAGUACACCAAAAAAAUAAAUAAAAUGGUGUAGUAUUUGCACAUAACAUAUACACAUCUUCCCAUAUACUUUAAGAUAUACUUUUAAGUCAUUUCUAGAUUACUUAUAACAUCUAAUAUAAUGUAAAUAGUUGUAAAUACAAUGUAAAUGCUAGAUAACUAGUUACUGGUAAGCAGUACACUCAAGUUCUGUUCUUUGGAAAUUUCUGGAUUUUUUUUUUUUUUUUUUGAUCUUCAUUCAGUCGACUCUGCAGAUGUGGAACCUGUGGAUACAGAGAGCUGACUGUAUGUCUUGAGGAGGAGACUUGAGGUUCAGAGAGGCUAAGUAAUUUGCCUAAGAUCACACAGCUAGUUUGGGGGAGGGGUUAGGAAGCCCUCAGGAUUUGAAUCUACCAGGUCCAUAUUAGCUCCAGUGUCUGUUUUUAACCCAAGCCACAGCUGCCUCUGAGUUGGAGCCACGGUUCCUAAAGAGUCUGGGCUGGUCUGAGUUAGAAGUCAGAGAGAAAAAGGAUUCACCCUGAGUAUUUUUGCCUCCUGAUUGAGUUUUCCAAAAUCCAAGGAUGCUCAAGCCCCUUAAAUGUUCUAGGGAAUUCCCUGGUGGUUCAGUGGUUAGGACUCCACACCUUCACUGCCGUGGGCCAGGGUUCGAUCCCCUGGUUGGAGAGCUAAGACCCCACAAGCUGCACAACGCAGUCAAAAAAUAAAAAUAAAAUGGUGGGGGAGGUGGGCCCCACAUAACCCUUGUUUCCCAGGAAGGUCUUGAGGCAGAAGGCAUUGCAGAAAGGCAUUGCAAUUUGCUAGCUUCAGCCAGCAAGAAGCAGAGAGCCUGACCUCUUGAUACCCAGUCCAGCACAUGCUGCCUCUGAAGCAAGAUGGGAGAAGGUAUGUGAAACCCACUUGGAUCCAGGCCUAGGAGAGAGGUGGGAAAGGCCUGCCUACUGUGCUCUUCACCUGUACCAGCUCCCCUGCUGGGAGCAAGUUCACUCUGCCAGGCUGCGGUAAAGGCAUUUUUACAUCCAACAGCUCUGAGCUUUUCAGACAAGGCAGGAGGAGCUAACUGUCCAAAAUCAUUCACGUGUUAGGGGGAUCUGGGAUGUGAACCCAGGCAGCAAGACCACGGCUGAGGCCCAGGGAGAGGUGGUGAAUAGCCCAGGGUCACACAGCCACAGCCCCAGAGCUAGAAACUGCUGGCCCCCUUCCAGCCCAGCAAAAGCAAUGACACCUGACUCCUAGCAAAUUGGGGGUGGAGCAGAGGUGGAGCUAGGGAGACCCAGGUGGCCUCUCUUGAGAACCAGAGCACAGGCGGCAGAUUGACCUGGAGCAGCAUGAAGCAGAGCUGGGGACUGAAGCUGUUCAUCCUGGGAGCCGUGGUCCACAUAGAGGGUCUUCAAGCAGCUCAGCGUGCAUGCGGGCAGCGAGGCCCUGGUCCCCCUGAGCCUCAGGAGGGCAACACGGUGCCUGGCGAGUGGCCAUGGCAGGCCAGCGUGAGGAGGCAGGGCAUCCACGUCUGCAGCGGGUCCCUGGUGGCAGACAGCUGGGUCCUCACUGCAGCCCACUGCUUUGAAAAGGAGGCAAUGACAGAACUGAACGCCUGGUCAGUUGUCCUUGGUUCUCUGCAGCACGAAGGUCUGAGCCCAGGGGCUGAGGAGGUGGGGGUAACAGCUCUGCAGCUGCCCAGGGCUUACAACCACUACAGCCAGGGCUCAGACCUGGCCCUGCUCCGGCUCGCCCACCCCGUGGCCCACACACCUCUCUGCUUGCCCCGACCUGCCCAUCGCUUCCCCUUUGGGACUUCCUGCUGGGCCACUGGCUGGGAUCAGGACACCAAUGAUGCUCCCAGGACCCUACGGAAUCUGCGCCUGCGUCUAAUCAGCCGCCCCACGUGUAACUGUCUCUACAACCGCCUACACCAGCGGUCACUGGCCAGUCCGGCCAGGCCCGGGAUGCUGUGUGGGGGUCCCCAGCCUGGGAUGCAGGGGCCCUGUCAGGGAGAUUCCGGGGGUCCUGUGCUGUGCCGCGAACCCGAUGGACACUGGGUUCAAGCUGGGAUCAUCAGUUUUGCAUCAAGCUGUGCCCGGGAAGACACUCCUGUGCUGCUGACCAAUAUGGCUGCUCACAGCUCCUGGCUGCAGGCUCGAGCUCAGGGGGCAGCCUUCCUAACCCAGAACCCGGAGACCCCGGAGAUCAGUGAUGAGGACAGCUGUGUAGCCUGUGGAUCUCUGAGGAGAGAAGGCCCUCAGGCGGGAGCUCCCUCCCCGUGGCCCUGGGACGCUAGGCUGAAGCACCAAGGGAAGCUAGCUUGCGGUGGAGCCCUGGUGUCAGAGGAGGUGGUGCUGACUGCGGCCCACUGCUUCAUUGGGCGCCAGAUCCCAGAGGAAUGGACAGUAGGCCUGGGGGUCGGCCCAGAGGAGUCGGGCCUGAAGCAAGUCAUCCUGCAUGGGGCGUAUACCCACCCGGAGGGGGGCUAUGACGUGGCCCUCCUGCUGUUGGCCCAGCCUGUAACCCUGGGCCCCAGCCUGCGGCCCCUCUGCCUGCCCUAUUCGGACCACCGCCUGCCUGAUGGGGAACGUGGCUGGGUCCUAGGGCUGGCCCGCCAAGGAGCAGACACCAGCUCCCCUCAGACAGUGCCUGUGACCCUCCUGGGGCCCAGGGCCUGUAGCCGCCUGCAUGGAGCCCUCGGGAGCAAUAGCAUUCUGCCGGGGAUGGUGUGUACCAGUGUUGUGGGCGAGCCGCCCGGCUGUGAGGGCCUGUCGGGGGCACCGCUGGUGCACGAAGUGAGGGGCACAUGGUUCCUGGCUGGGCUGCACAGCUUCGGAGAUGCCUGCCAAGGCCCCGCAAGACCUGCUGUCUUUGCAGCGCUCCCCACCUACGAGAACUGGGUCAGCAGUUUGGACUGGCAGGUCUACUUCGCUGAGGAGCCUGAGCCCGAGCCCGAGCCCGAGCCCAGAAGCUGCGCGGCUAACACAAGCCAGCCAGCCAACUGCUGACAGGUGGCUCUGGGACGCUGCAGUCACAGCAAGGCAACUCCCACAAAAUUGCUUCUCUCCCAUCCAGCCCCCUGCCUUUCCCAGGCAGGUCCGACAGCGCAAAGGGCUCUGGGAAGGAACCUGCCCUGAAAGCUCCACCCUGCAGGACAGGGAGAUGUCGCCCGUGGAUGCCCCCCACCCCGCUCUGCAGUCCAACACAGGCGUCCCAAGCUUUUCCUAUUCUUCAUCCCUUCAGAUCCAAUGACACCAGCCAAGUACUUUGAAAAUUUCUUUUUUGGGGGGAGCAAUUUUCCUGUUUUUUUAAACUUAAAUAAAUUGUUACAAAAUAGACUUUAGAAAAUAAGUUA